AUGAAGGAGACGAUCAAGGAGCGAAAAGCUUUCAAGGAUGUUGGUGGUCAUCAUUUGCAAAAUUACGCCAUUUCUUUCGAUCCUAGACCGAAGAAGACGACGAGCAGAGAGGAUCUGGAGAGCUGCCAGGAGGCUGGAGGCGAGAUCUUGCACGUCUGUAUUGGAAUCAGCGAAAAGAAAGGGGGACGCGAUGGCGGAAACGCCCGGGUGCUGCUCCGCACGAAUUUUCGAACUGUCAUCAACGAUUUGGAAGGACACAUCCUCUCCGUUUUGGACGGCUCCGCCAGGACCAAAAUUUCUUCUAUGCUGCUGGAGACGGCACAUUAUUCAAAUGGGAUAGCAAGGGAUAGCACCUUCCGGCCUUCGGCCCGUCAUGUCCCCAGAACCCGGAGAAUGACUGGUGUGACCAAGCACUGA